CUGGUCCCCAGCAGCAAAGACAGUGGGGCGACGGUGGUGCGGCCACCAAGAAGGAGGGGCGGCGGCAUCAGUGGGACUAGGCACGGGCCCGCGCGGUCGGUGCGGGGGAGCGGGGUUAGCGCAGGAAAAGGCGCCGCUGCGGCCCCCGGCCGCCCCUCCCUGGCCCCGGGCUCCCCGCCCGCGCGCUGCCCCGGCCUUCCCUCGCGCCAGGCGCAGCGCGGCGGCGCGAGAGCCAGAGGGGAGCGGCGGCCCAGCGGGGAAGGCAGCCCGGCGGGCGGCAGCCAAGGCGACCGCGGAGGCGGCGGGCAGGGCGCGUGCGCACUGCAGGGGCGCCAGAUUUGGCGGGAGGGGGAGUGUCCAAAGCUCUUUGUUUGAUGGCAUCUCUGUUUACAGAGUUUACUCUUUAAUAUCAACCUGUUUCCUCCUCCUCCCUCUCCUCCUCCUCCGCGACCUCCUCCGCCUCCUCCUCCUUUUUCUCCUGAGAAACUUCGCCCCAGCGGUGUGGAGCGCCACUGCGCAGCCGGGGAGGGACGCAGGCAGGCGGCGGGCAGCGGGGAGGCGGCAGCCCGGUGCGGUUCCCGCGGCUCCAGGCGGAGCCCCGCGCCCGCCGCGCCAUGGCCCGGAGACCCCGGCACAGCAUCUACAGCAGUGACGAGGAUGAUGAAGACAUUGAGAUGUGUGACCAUGACUAUGAUGGGCUGCUUCCCAAGUCUGGAAAGCGUCACUUGGGGAAAACUAGGUGGACCAGGGAAGAGGAUGAAAAGCUAAAGAAGCUGGUGGAGCAGAAUGGAACAGAUGACUGGAAAGUUAUUGCCAAUUAUCUCCCGAAUCGAACAGAUGUGCAGUGUCAGCACCGAUGGCAGAAAGUACUAAACCCUGAGCUCAUCAAGGGUCCUUGGACCAAAGAAGAAGAUCAGAGAGUGAUAGAGCUUGUACAGAAAUACGGUCCGAAACGUUGGUCUGUUAUUGCCAAGCACUUAAAGGGGAGAAUUGGAAAACAAUGUAGGGAGAGGUGGCAUAACCACUUGAAUCCAGAAGUUAAGAAAACCUCCUGGACAGAAGAGGAAGACAGAAUUAUUUACCAGGCACACAAGAGACUGGGGAACAGAUGGGCAGAAAUCGCAAAGCUACUGCCUGGACGAACUGAUAAUGCUAUCAAGAACCACUGGAAUUCUACAAUGCGUCGGAAGGUCGAACAGGAAGGUUAUCUGCAGGAGUCUUCUAAAGCCAGCCAGCCGCCAGUGGCCACAAGUUUUCAGAAGAACAGCCAUUUGAUGGGGUUUGCUCAUGCACCACCUUCAGCUCAACUCCCUCCAACUGGCCAGCCCUCGGUUAACAACGACUAUUCCUACUACCACAUUUCGGAAGCACAAAACGUCUCCAGUCCUGUCCCGUAUCCUGUAGCGUUACAUGUAAAUAUAGUCAAUGUCCCUCAGCCAGCUGCUGCAGCCAUUCAGAGACACUAUAACGAUGAAGACCCUGAGAAAGAAAAGCGAAUAAAGGAGUUAGAGUUGCUCCUGAUGUCGACUGAGAAUGAACUCAAAGGACAGCAGGCUUUACCGACACAGAACCACACAUGCAGCUACCCCGGGUGGCACAGCACCACCAUUGCCGACCACACCAGACCUCAUGGAGACAGUGCACCUGUUUCCUGUUUGGAAGAGCACCACUCCACUCCAUCUCUGCCUGUGGAUCCUGGCUCCCUACCUGAAGAAAGCGCCUCUCCAGCAAGGUGCAUGAUCGUCCACCAAGGCACCAUUCUGGACAAUGUUAAGAACCUCUUAGAAUUUGCAGAAACACUUCAAUUUAUAGAUUCUUUCUUAAACACUUCCAAUAACCAUGAAAACUUAGACUUGGAAAUGCCUUCUUUAACGUCCACGCCUCUCAGUGGUCACAAAUUGACUGUUACAACACCAUUUCAUAGAGACCAGACUGUGAAAACGCAAAAGGAAAAUACAAUUUUUAGAACUCCGGCUAUUAAAAGGUCAAUCCUGGAAAGCUCUCCAAGAACUCCUACACCGUUCAAACAUGCACUCGCAGCUCAAGAAAUUAAAUAUGGUCCCCUGAAGAUGCUACCUCAGACACCAUCUCAUCUAGUAGAAGACCUGCAGGAUGUGAUAAAACAGGAGACUGAUGAAUCUGGAAUUGUUGCUGAGUUUCAGGAAAAUGGACCACCUUUACUGAAGAAGAUCAAACAAGAGGUGGAAUCACCAACUGAUAAAGCAGGAAACUUCUUCUGCUCAAACCACUGGGAAGGGGAGAAUCUGAACACUCAGCUGUUCACACAGGCAUCGCCUGUGGCAGAUGUGCCAAAUAUUCUUACAAGUUCUGUUUUAAUGACUCCAGUAUCAGAAGACGAAGACAAUGUUCUCAAAGCAUUUACAGUACCUAAAAACAGGUCCCUGGCAAGUCCCUUGCAGCCUUGUAGCGGUGCCUGGGAAGCUGCAUCCUGUGGAAAGACAGAUGAUCAGAUGACAGCUUCUGGUCAGGCUCGGAAAUAUGUGAAUGCCUUCUCAACCCGGACUCUGGUCAUGUGAGAUGUUUGCAGAUAAGCAUUAUGGUUUUCAGAACACUUCAAGUUGACUUGGGAUAUAGCAUUCCUCGACGUGAAACUUUUCAUGAAUGGGAGAAGAGCCUAUUUUUGUUGUGGUACAACAGUUGAGAGCAGCACCAAGUGCGUUUAGGUGGAUGAAAUCAUAUCAGAUUUCACCCAACUAAAAGGAUUUUUUUUAAGUAAUAAAUAACAGUCUUACCUAAAUUAUUAGGUAAUGAAUUGUAGUCAGUUGUUAAUAUCUUAAUGCAGAUUUUUUUUAAAAAAGCAUAAAAUGAUUUAUCUAUAUUUUAGAGGAUCCAACAGAUCAGUAUUUUUUUUUCCUGUGAUGAGGUUUUUGAAAUUUUACACAAAAAAGGUACUCCAAUAUUUCGCUUUUCUCAAUCACUAAACACAAUGCAUUACUAUAAACGUUGGCUUACUACCACAGAAUAAGUAAUCAAUAUUGUAAAUGCUCAUUUAUGGUUAGUAACCUUGGAGGUACAUUUAUUGUACUAAACCAUUUUAUGAGGGUUUUUUUGUUAGCUUGCUUAAAAAAAUUAUUACUGUAUGAAAUAGUUUUAUAAAAAAUUAUAUUUUUAUUCAGUAAUUUAAUUUUGUAAAUGCCAAAUGAAAAAAAAAAUGUGUUUUGCUGCUAUGGUCUUAGCCUGUAGACAUGCUGCUAGUAUCAGAGGGACAGUAGAGCUUUGAAUGAACAGAAAAGAAACUCGGUGUUAGGUAAUUGACUAUGCACUAGUAUUUCAAACUUUUUUAUUUUUUAUAUAUAUAUAUACUUUUUUUUUCCUUUUGUAAUACAUUGGAAAACUUGUUUGGGAGAUUUUGCAUUUGUUGUUGUUCUUUGUUUUAUUUUUUGUUAUUGUUGGUUUAUAAGAGCAUGCAUUGCACUUCUUUUUUGGGAGAUCUAUGUUGUUGGUGUCCUGUGUUUUGUUUUGAGUUCAGCCUGACUGUUCUUUAAUUCAGGGGUUGUGUGUUUAAUCAGCAUUCCCCAUGGUCUCUAAGCGUAUGGUCUCAGAACUGCUGCACAGAACCUGUGUUUGCAGCUGGGGGUCAAGAGAUGGGGGUCAAGAGAUUGGGGUCCAUAGCCAGUUGCUGCCUUAAGAAUCCUUGGUGCAAGAUGGCCGGCACUGAACUUUUGAUAUGACAGUGUACUUACUGCCUUGUAGUAAAAUAAAGCUGUGCCCUUAUUUUACUUA